GGCGGGGACAGGGGCUGGGGCCGGCGCGGGCGGCAGGCGCAGCCGCCACUGACGGGUAGUCCGGCGCCUUGAGCAGGCCGAGGAUGCAGCGCUGGAAGGCGGCGGCCUUGGCCUCGGUGCUCUGCAGCUCCGUGCUAUCCAUCUGGAUGUGUCGAGAGGGCCUGCUCCUCAGCCACCGCCUCGGACCCGCGCUAUCCCCGCUGCGCCGACUGCCUCGCGCCCUGGACGCCCGGAUCGCCCGCCUGGCCCAGUACCGUGCCCUGCUGCAAGGCGCCCCGGACGCGGUGGAGCUGCGCGAGCUGACGCCCUGGGCCGGGCGAUCCCAGGGUCCGCGCCGUCGGGCGGGGCCCCGACGGCGGCGCGCGCGUGCGCGUGCGGGGACGCGGCCGUGCGGGCUGCGCGAGCUCGAGGUGCGCGUGAGCGAGCUGGGCCUGGGCUACGCGUCGGACGAGACGGUGCUGUUCCGCUACUGCGCAGGCGUGUGCGAGGCGGCCGCGCGUGUCUACGACCUGGGGCUGCGGCGCCUGCGCCAGCGGCGGCGCUUGCGACGGGAGCGGGUGCGCGCGCAGCCCUGCUGCCGCCCGACGGCCUACGAGGACGAGGUGUCCUUCCUGGACACACACAGCCGCUACCACACGGUGCACGAGCUGUCGGCGCGCGAGUGCGCCUGCGUGUGACCCUACCUCACCGGCGCCGGCAGGACGGCGGCCACGCCCUCCGCCCCGACGGCAUCCAUCGUCCCGCCCGGCCGGACCCGCCACAGACCUGCCCAUGCGCAGAGAAUGCCGUC